AUGGCAGCAAAGUACUCUCGUCGACCCAGCUACCUCGACGGCCCACUGUCGCCCUCCAUCAUUCCUGAGCUCGCAAUCCUACCUCAGCCCCUCCCUGCCGAGAAGGUCCCCUGCGGACAGCUCGUCUCCAAGAUGUCAAAGUACACGUCCAAAGCCCUCGAAGACCGCGACUACGACGACAUCGGCACGCGAUGGUACAAGGAUGUCAUUUUUUUCAACGCGGAAGACGGACACUUCGUCGAGAGCUUCGGUGGUACGCAUUUGCUCCAGAAACCACUUGACAAGGGCACCGAGGCUGGCACCAUCGAGGCUGAGGAACAGAGUGUGAGGCUGCUCAAGGAUGCCGACGCAGCACUCCAGAAAGUAUGGCAAGAUGAAGAAGCCAGGAAGUGGAUCAAGGAGCAAGACGAGGCUGGCUUUGUAGUCGCACAACGUCAGGUCUCCAACGCAAGCUACAAGCGUGCUAGGCUUGUCGACAUUGGUAACAACAACUGGGAAGUCGUGCGCGAAGUUGGCAACGAAGACGCUGCGGGUAAACGCAGGGACUCAGGUCUGCCUAUCGACACCAACAGUAAAUGGGAUGUUGUGGGAGUCGUGGUUAAGAAGAUCAUUGUCGAGGGUGAUCAUGUGAAGCUCGGAGACGAGCUAGGUGCGCAAUACUGGAAACAGUAA